GCGGCUCCAGGGUGGCGCGGUGGCGCACUGUGCGCGCCGAGCAGGCGGAAGGCUAGCGCCCGCGGCGGCAGUGCCGGCAAAGCCAACAGCGGCUCCAUUUCAACACCAGUAGUCCCGGCGGCCUUGGUGGAGGGGACCUUUUCUGUCUCCUCUGUCCCUCCCUCCACGCCGGGGGCAAGCACGGCGGCCGUCCCGGAAGAGGCAACUGGAAGACAGUAGAACCAGACCUCCGAGAGAGGGCGGAGGGGCUCGAAGAGUUGGUGGGCGUAAGGCAGAUAUUCAGGCGAAGAGGACACUAUCGCUGUUGUCCCUUUUCCUGGUCCCAGCGAUGGGGGGGCCGCGGGAGCCGCGGGAACUUUGAAGGCAGCGGGUCCCAGGGUAUGAAGGCUACAAGCUCCCGGAGACUCCGGCGUCUCAGCCCCUACGUCCGCGGCGGAAACGACUGCGAACCCGCCUGGGCCCCAGCUCCGCCAGAGAGGAAGUUCUUUGCAACUUCGUCCGAGACGUCGGAGAGCCGGAUAGAAAGAGGCUGAGGCAGCAAGUCCGAGUCCCAGAGACUCAGAGAAGCAGAGAGGAAAAGGGUCCGGUGGAGAUCAAGAAGUCAAGGAGAGACUCCAGAGGCAGCGAGGCCGCGGAACCAGCCUGGCAGUCCGCGGGCCUCGCCGCCCCCUGAGUAAAGCCAAGGGCCGAGUGUCCUGCAGGCCUCCUCAAAGCCGCUCCCCUCCGAGGUCACGGGUGCCUGGCCGUCCCGGAGGCGGGCCCCUACGCUAUGCCCCCGAGGCUGCAAACGCCUUGGCAGCAGCUACCUCGAGUCGCGUCCGGAGACGCCGCCUGAGCGAGCCCGGGAGUAAAGCCGUCAGGAGUUGGGCUCCCCUCAUCCAGCCUGACUGCACUGGCGCGGUUUCCCGCCUCUAGGCACAGAUCUCGGCGAUCUCCGGCAGGGCGUCUCUGGGAGAAGCCCGGAGGCUUCAGCAGUGUUUUCUGAGUCCAGCUCUCACGGUGCCCGGCCUGGCAGCGCAGCUCCUGAGCCGCGCUGGGCAGCCCCUUGGCGCCAGGAGGCGGCGGCGUGGGCCGGCCUGCAGUCUGGAGCGCCCCGAUGGAAAUACACUGUAAGCACGACCCGUUUGCAUCCAUGCAUAGACAUGGAGGAGUGAAUCAGCUUGGGGGGGUCUUUGUGAACGGACGGCCACUCCCGGACGUCGUCCGCCAAAGGAUAGUGGAGCUCGCUCAUCAAGGCGUCAGGCCCUGCGACAUCUCCAGGCAGCUUCGGGUCAGCCAUGGCUGCGUCAGCAAAAUCCUCGGCAGGUACUACGAGACGGGGAGCAUCAAGCCGGGGGUAAUUGGAGGAUCCAAACCAAAGGUCGCCACGCCCAAAGUGGUGGAAAAAAUAGCUGAGUACAAACGCCAAAAUCCCACUAUGUUUGCCUGGGAGAUCAGGGACCGGCUGCUGUCAGAACGAGUGUGUGACAAUGACACGGUGCCCAGCGUCAGUUCCAUCAACAGGAUCAUCCGGACAAAAGUACAGCAGCCACCCAACCAGCCAGUCCCAGCUUCCAGUCACAGCAUUGUGUCCACGGGCUCCGUGACGCAGGUGUCCUCGGUCAGCACGGACUCCGCUGGCUCUUCGUACUCCAUUAGCGGCAUCCUGGGCAUCACAUCCCCCAGCGCUGACACCAACAAGCGUAAGAGAGAUGAAGGUAUUCAGGAGUCUCCAGUGCCGAACGGCCACUCCCUGCCGGGCAGAGAUUUCCUCCGGAAGCAGAUGCGGGGAGACCUGUUCACGCAGCAGCAGCUGGAGGUGCUGGACCGCGUGUUUGAGAGGCAGCACUAUUCGGACAUCUUCACCACCACGGAGCCCAUCAAGCCCGAGCAGACCCCUGAGUAUUCAGCCAUGGCCUCACUGGCUGGAGGGCUGGACGACAUGAAGGCCAACCUGACCAGCCCCACCCCUGCUGAUAUCGGAAGCAGCGUGCCUGGGCCGCAGACCUACCCCAUUGUGACAGGCCGAGACUUGGCGAGCACGACCCUUCCCGGGUACCCUCCGCACGUCCCCCCCGCCGGACAGGGCAGCUACUCAGCACCAACGCUGACAGGGAUGGUUCCUGGGAGUGAGUUUUCUGGGAGCCCCUACAGCCACCCUCAGUAUCCCUCCUACAACGACUCCUGGAGGUUCCCCAACCCGGGGCUGCUCGGCUCCCCAUACUAUUACAGCGCUGCUGCCCGAGGAACUGCCCCACCGGCAGCUGCCGCUGCCUAUGACCGUCACUGACCCUCGGAGCCAGGCAGACGCCAAGCACUUAUGACACACAUCACCGAGGGCGAUAGCCUCCCAGCCCCCUCCAAAGACAGCCAGAGGGGCUCAAGGAGACCACCCCCCAGCAAGCUCCCACUGUCCUGAAAUUCUGCCUCCCUUUUCCUGCCAGGGACUUGGGGUUCGAUGGUAUGGGUGCCGGACUUCUAGACACCUGUCCGUUUCCAAGAGUCAAUUGCUGAGCUUCUCCCAACAGUGAUGAGGUCUCACCAACCAACAGACUGUUCUGCACAUCACUGCAGCCCAGCCAGCCUGCCCGUGCCCCAGCUGCCUGACUAUCUGCCGUCUUCCUGCCCCAGGCCUGGGACGGAGACCUCGCUUUUGUCAUUUCAACAGCACCUGUGUAAAUACCUUCUUGCUUUUUAUCCGGGCCUGAGGGUCCAGCUGAGCAGACUGCCCACUGCUAUGCAUUCAGCACUCCCAAUGCGUCACAGGAGGUCUUACAACUGUGUGCAGAGCACCCCCUCUGCCCUGGGUGCCCCUGUAGGGUGGGCCCAGAGCUGUCCAUGGCACUGAGGAUGCCCAGCUCGGGGCCUUAGCCUCCCGCUCUCUGCUACUUCUUUAACGUCUGGACUGGGACUCUCACGGACUGGUGUGCUCCAAGCCCCUCCCCACACCCAGCUGAGACUCCUCCCCAGGAGAAACACACUUUGGGGAAGUACCCUGGCUUCCUGCUCCAUUGCGCACUGCAUGUUCCCACUCCCAUGCAGUGCGAACAGCCCUUUUCCAUAUAUCAAACAACUCAAAGAACCGUCUGGGAGAUCCCUCAACUAUGGCUCUAAAGGAAGAUGAUGCCCCAGGUGCUGAUUGCAUUGUGGACUUGGAAGGUUGGGGCUGGAUGGGACCCAGGAGAUCACGGUCCAAGGUGGGGUCUGAGGCCCUCCUGACCCCCCAGUCCUUGGAACCGCCCGCCUGAACUGACAUGUGCUUUCUGAGGCACCCCCUGGCUCUGAUCCCUUUGGACACCCACCACAGACACUGCCUCCACCCUCCAGGACCCCAGCAAGUGGGUUCUGGGCAAGCCUGUUCUGCCAUGUAGACAGCGAUGAGCAAAAAGGGCUCUGCCUGCACCGGAGACACACACACCUGCAGCAGUCCACUCCAACUUCCUGAGCAGCCCUUCCCCACCCUCGAGGAGCCCAACCUGCCACUGGGACUGGAGGAGCCGGGGUGGGGGCAGAUACCGACCUUCGAAUAGUGGGUAUCUACCUGUUGCUACAAGGGGCCAUAAUGGUCAGGGCCAGGGCCAAGGACCAUAAGAAGUUGGAGGCAGAGUUCUAGGACUCACAGUGGGUGGGAGCAGUCAGAAAACAGCCAGCUGGGAGGGUACAGAGGAAGACCUCCUGGGAGAGGGACAGGGCGGGCAGUGAGGAACUGGCAGGUGAACUGGGAAUGGUUUUGACAUAAGGGUGCCAGGAACCACCAGCUCUUUGCCUAGGGCCUCAAUCCCUUGCAUAGUCUCUCUUGCCAACUCAGAACAGCCAGGUGGAGGCUCUGUCUAAAUCUGGGCUGAAUUAUAGCAGUGACAGUGGGCUUUGCAUUUCAUGGGACAAUAUCCCCGAUGUCUGCAUGUCACCAGGCUGGCAGAGAGCUGGGGCAGAGAAAGUCUGCACCUGAGGUUAUUGGCCCUGCGAGGGCUCAUCCUGGCUGCACCUCUGCCUUGCCAUGGGACCUCAGACAAGACUUCUCCCCUCUCUGAGCCUCGGGGCAGGGCCCUCCAACAACUCUCCCCUUCCUCCCUCUGCACUGAGCAGUCCCUCGGGGAGCUGGGCAGUCCCUCCACACUGAGCAAGUAUAUGCAGGUGAACACCUGAGUCCCGCUAAUAUUCAGACCAAGUGGGAAACAAGAACACCCAGAGGCAUGGAAAUCAGUCUUGAGGAAGGACCUGGUCCAGCUCCCCUCAAGGGAAACUGAGGCCCAGCUGGAGGAAGCCCAGGACCACGCCAGGAGAGAGAGAAAACCUCCUCUGGCCACUGCCAAGUGCUUCCUCCCCAGCACGCCUGCAAGGUGGUGGGACAGAGAGGAAACUGAGGCUCAGCAAAGUGGAGUCCCCAGGCAGUGAGUGGCAGAGGUGGGGCUGGGACUUGGCCCGUGACCCCGGGCAUGUGGCGAUCCUCCCAUCCCUGGGGAGGGAAGUCGAUGGUGAGGGCAACAGGAGAUAGUUCUCAGCCUACUGCCCCAGAUGGGGUGGCCUAGGGCUGUUAGAACUGCGGAGAGAGCCCAGUGUCCCAGGGUGGAGGUGGAGCCCAUGAGCUUACUGCAGGCACACCACUGUCAUGGAACCUGCUGGAUGAAACAGUUCCAGCCUCCACCUGCCAAGCAAGAUAGAAGGAAGUAGGGGAGCUGCCCCGCCCCCCGCCUCCCUUCUGAAGGAAACGGAAGGGUCAGGGGUCUGCUGCACAGACCUCUCAACCUCUUGUAUCCUUGGAUCCUAAUCCCUCCUGUGGUCUCAGGCUGUUAAUAGGAGGUCGGCCUUCCCUGGACUGGCUGCCUAAGGCACAACUGUCCUUCCCUGGCAAAGCCCACCUGGCCCCACCAGCACCCACCCCUCUGCCCAUCCUGUUCCUCCUCGUCACCGAGGGGAGCUCCCUCCACACCUUCCCUCUCUCCUCUGGGGCUCUGCUUGUCCUCAGACUGCAUUUGUACUCAUUAGACAGCCACUGGUUUCUUGGCUGCCAAGCAGAAGCACAAGAGCACAUGAUGCACACUCAUGUUCUUACACUCACAACCGCUCUCACCCACAGAGUUCCCACGCCACCCAGUGGGGCUGCCUGGGAGCCUGGAGAGAGGGGUUCCAAAGGACACAGUCGUUGAUGCCAGAGGAUUCUAGAUGGAAAACACAAGGCCAGGGCUUUCACCAGCAUCGUGGCAAGAGGCCUGGGAUGUUUCUCCAUGGGCUUGUAGGCCCAUGUUCUAGCUCUGACUUUUUGGAAAGGACAUUGUAGAUUUUAUGAAACUUUUUGGUACCACAGUCUAGCUCCAACCUGGAGAAUUCUGAUGACAUAUCAAACCUGGCGUCCCCUUCCCAAGGCGCCUUAGUUCAGGUGAGCCCCCUUUAACUGACGUUCAGCAUUCGUAUGGUGCUUCACAGAUCUGACCACCCCCAGGGGCCGUCACAACGCUUGUUUACAGCUGGGACAGGAGAUUUAGGGCUCACAGGGCGAAGUAGAGGUGAAGUGAAUUCUUAGAUCACCAGGCCCAAUUCUCUCUCAACAGAAUUGUGCUUCUGUUGCGGGAGAGUGUGGCUUAGAGACACACUGCCACUCCUGAGAAACCGUCCAGACCUGCAGUGAGCAAAAAAAGAACAAGGAGCCAGACGCUGCUGGCCUGACGGAGGAGCCGGGGGUUGGAGGUGUUGCUGGUCCAGCCUGAGUCUCAUAAACACCAAAGUCAACCCAAAAAGCCUUUACCCAGACUCACAGCAGCCCUCCUGACUCACCCAGACCCCCUUCCUGCUGUGCCCUGAGGCCCACAGGGGACUGACCGGAGCUUGUCCAAGGCCACCCCACAGGCCUGCCAGGGCCUGGACACGGGCCCGGCUCUGACUCCAAGGGUCAAGGCCUCCAGAGUCAUGAGAUGCCUGCUCACUCUUUAUCCUUUCUGCUGGGGGUCAGACUCCAGGCCUGGCAGUGACAAUACACAGGAGUCCCUAGGCAGAGUCAUCAGGGCCAUCGGGGUGCCCACAGUCCUGGGAAACACAGAUCACCAUCUCCAAGGCCCUGACCUAACUGCUUCCUGGGCCAAGCAGGUGGAGUAAGCCUGUAACUUGGGCGGGAUAUGAGUCAGCAUGGGCGGUGGGACCCGAGACCCAAAUGCUGUGUGCCCCUUCCAAUGGCAUUCAAGUGUGAAAGCUUUUACAAUGCUCUGUCCACCAAGAAUCAUAUGCCUAUGGGCCACUGAUCACCAGCUUGUGACCUCAACCUUUCUCUCAUGCCCCCUUGCUGCUUCACCUCUUUGCCCUCAUCACAACUGUGAGGGUGAUGGGAACCCAGACCGUUGUCCAGCCCCUGGUCCCUGUCCUCCUCCCUCCCUAUCCUGGGCUCUUGUAGACAGUUUGGGCUCGAAAGGAGGUGAGGUCAAUCAUCAGAGGUGGCGGGGGGAGGGGACUUGACUUUGAGGGUAGGUCAGUGCUCCUGGGGCCUUUCACAUGUGCAGGGAAGAGUCCCAGAUGUGACCACAGGGCACUGAGGGGUGAAAUCCCUUCAUGAGAAGUCACGUCCCAAAGCAACUGUUCUGCUUUUGGCAGCUCCUGGCACCAGCCACCCCAUUCUGCAUGACAUUUCAGCUAGACUUUAGCUCCUAACCAUGAGGAGCAGAUCUUAACCAAACCAAGCACUCCUGGCAAAUACCUGGAAACGAGAUGCGUCUGAGGCACAGCUGCCCCGAGGCCGGAGGGAAACCCAGGCCCCUGUAGGCCAGGCCCAAGCUGGAGCCGGUGGGUCCCACUGCACUCUGAGCUGGACCAGCUCCCCCGUGGCCCUACUAAGAGGCCAACUCUGUAGUCUUGGGCUUGUUACCCAUCUGGGAACCUAUCUCAGAUGGUUUCCAGGCACUCACACCAGUGCUCCUGGAGAAUUUAUUCCUUUAGUUCUUUUGUCCUGGGAGAAGUCCAAGGCAAAUGCUUUUCUUCCAAGGUAACAAAAUGCAUUAUUGGGAUGUUGGACAGUGAGGCCAUGACUCCUAGCCAGCGGUCUGCCCCACCUCCCAGCAGCCCCUUCAGCCCCUUGUCCCCUUCUGUCCCUGUACCCCAGGAUUCCCUCUUACAUAUUCAUGGUGGAGACACAGUGUUGAUCUGCACUUCCCCACUGUCAGCUCCUGCCUCCAGAGUGGCGGCCAGGUCCCCAGGGCGCGGCAGAGGACUGGAAGCAACUCCCUUGCCUGCUGCCCUGACGAGGGGGCGAUGCUUCUCUGACAUGGCUGCUUGCUGGGAGCAGGCAGGCACCAGCCUUCCUUUCAUCCACUAUAACUUCUCAGCAUUGGGGUCCUGUUCCUCCACUGCCCCCCCGAAUCAAAGGGGACCGCAGGGUUCUAGAGUUUCCGGCCAUGUGCUCCCAAGGGGGCCAUCUCAAGUUGGGGGCUAGAAUCACCACCACUCAGUGAGUCUGGGUUUUCUCCUCACAUCUCAGACUCCUGAGCAGCUCAAGGAGAAAAUGCAGCUAUUUAUGUUACUGAGGGAGUCUGCAUGCAUUCUACAGUGGACUGGGUCUUGGGUAGUAGUUUAGUGUAGGCAGGAGAGGGAGGGCAGGAAUCCGCCUUUUGGUUUGGGGCAGCUCCGACCAAGGCCCAAGCAGGGAAGCAUGGGGACCGGCAGGGGGGUCGUGUGCCCCUCCCUGACCCUGCGGCCUGGCUGCAGGAGGCCACGUUGCAGUCUCCCCAAACCCAAUCACUCUGUCCCAUGACUGGGGAUGCUGGGCUGCCCUAACUUCCUAAAUCGCGAUGCUUGUGGCCACGUCCCUCAUUGUCUCCAAAAGCACCAUUAAGAACAAGUGAUUUGGGAUGAUGGAUUUUUGAUUUACACACGGCGCAUUUCCCUUGGAGUGGAACAGAAAGGAAACCAUUUAAUGGCUCCCUUAUUUUCAAGCCUGAAUACAUUUUAAUGAAACUAUUUUAUUGUACUUGAGGAAAUGGAGAGUUGAACAGUCCAACCAAUCAAUAGCCAAUUAAUUGCCAUAAAACUAAAA